GUAAAGCAUCUGUCGUCAUUUUAUCCAAAAAUACUUUAUUUAGCAUUGGUAGUUCUAAAUUCAAAAGUAAUGAAUACGUAAGGCAUAACAGAUAAACGGAGCAGGAAUUAAACAAACGUUGUGUUGAAAACGUGAAAGAAUCGUGAUGUCGAUACAGCAUUUGUUGACUUUCCUCUUGCUGCUUGCGCCGAAUAUUUUCCUGUGUGCCUCGGUCCACGGCCACAGGAUAGAUCACAACGAGCGGGAAGCCGACGGAGCUUACCGGCCGCGAGACAAAGACCAUUAUAGCGACGUUGAACACAACGUGGAGUUCGAUCACGAAGCGAUUUUAGGUAGUGUAAAAGAAGCUGAGGAGUAUGACCAACUUAGUCCAGAAGAGUCCCGCAGAAGAUUGGAAAAGCUCCUUCAUAAAAUGGACCUCAACGGAGACCAGUUUAUUUGCCGAAAGGAGCUUAAACAGUGGAUCUUGAACUCUCUCGUAAACCUUGCUAAGGAGGAAGCGAAGGAACGUAUGUUAGAGGCGGACGAAGAUCAGGACGGCAUCGUGACGUGGGAGGAAUACCUGCAGGACACGUUCGGCGUUGAGAACGAGGACUUGGGUGCCGAGGACACUCUCAUGAUGCUGCAAGAGGAGAUGAUGUGGAAGGUGGCGGACGAGGAUGGCGACGGAAAACUCAAUUUUGUAGAAUUUUCGGUGUUCACGAACCCGGAGGAGCACGUGGCGAUGCAUCCCCUGCUCGUGAACCAGACCAUGCGCGAGAAGGACUCCAACAACGACAGCGUGCUCGACUUCAGCGAGUACCUCGGCGACAGGGGCGUGCAGCAGGACAAGGAGUGGGUGAUGUCGGAGCGGGAGAAGUUCGAGCACGAGAUGGACCUUAACAAAGAUGGCGUGCUGGACUUGGAUGAGGUGCAUCGGUGGGUCAUACCCGAUAACGACGAGAUAGCAGAGGAAGAGGUGGAGCACUUGUUCGCGCUGGCGGACGACGACCACGACGACUUGCUCUCGUACGAGGAGGUGCUCCGCCACCACGAUGUGUUCGUGGGCAGCCAGGCCACCGACUACGGCCACGACUUCGUCCGCUUCAAGGACGAGCUGUGAGCGGCGCCCGGCGGACGAACCUGACAUCUUUUUUCCCUCGUGGGGAUCUCGGAUCACGGGGAGAUGCAGCUAUGUCGGACUCUUACCGACUUAAACCCCAUGUACCCAGUGGCGUGCACUUGGUUACUUACCAGGGUAUGCAUACAGCAGGAAAAAUUGCAUAAAACGGCAAAAAUCCUAUGCGAGACAUAAAUAUCAAUUUAAGGGUGUGCAGUGCUUUUGUGCAUGUAUGAAGUGCACGCCACUGCAUGUACCCACUCGUCGGUACUGAUUGGGUCACGGGACCACUUUGAUACACAAUCGCCACCCAGCCAGCAAAACCUGCCCCCUAACCCAAUUAGAAUAACAAAUAAAGAAAGAAAUUUUAUAUUUAACUAGCUGUCCCGGCGAAUUUCGUACCGCGGAUAAUUUUUCUUUUUAUGAAUGUUAUAUUUUAAUACUUAUUCUUCUAUUCCGGUCUAAGAGGAAUCCAAAAAAUCAAAUAUCAUAAAAAUUGGUCCAGCCGUUCUUGAGUUAUAAAUGGUGUAACUAACACAACUUGCUUUUAUAUAUAAAGAUAACAGACUUUGCUCUCUUACUCUCUUUCUCUUACACAAAAGUACUCUGUGUGAACUGACCCUAAAAGCUACCUAAACGUUAAAUGCCUGUAAAUCUAUAAAAAUUAAUUUGGUUUCGCCACAUUUUUCAGUACUCAAAUCAUUAGUCAAUAUCUGUUAUAACUUUUGACAUUAAUCAUUAAUUUCAAUCAAUAAAGUAAGAAACUCUUCGGGUUUA